CCGCUCGUGCCCAACGGCCCGCGGCGACCGUUGGUCCCUCAGCGGCCCGAGGCCGCGGAACAGGCCCCUCGCCCCCCCUCCCCAGGACAUGGCACCGGGGCGACGGGCCCAUCCCGUGGCCGGUUCCCCGUCCCGAUUUUCUAUUUUGUACAUACAUUGUUUUGUAUAUACUGUAUAUGAUGACUUCGGUGGGCAGUGAACGUACCCGGGGCACUCGGGACAAAACGCAAAUUUCAACCACACAGCCAACACAACCACAGAAACAAGUAGUACAGGCAACAGCAGAACAGAUUCGCCUUGCUCAGAUGAUCUACGAUAAGAACGACGCAGAUUUUGAAGAUAAAGUGAAACAACUUAUGGAAGUGACGGGGAAAAACCAGGAUGAGUGCAUAGUGGCACUACAUGAUUGUAACGGGGAUGUGAACAGAGCAAUCAACAUACUGCUGGAAGGAAGUUCAGACACGACUUCCUGGGAGACGGUAGGGGGAAAGAAGAAAAACCUUGGAAAGGAAAGUUCAGAGAACAAAGAGAACAGAGAAAAACGAGGGGACAGAGAAGUGAGUCGUGGACGGGGAAGUUCCAACAGACGGGGAAGAGGAGGCAGCCGUGGCCGAGAGUUUAGAGCUGAAGAGAAUGGAGUGGACAACAAUCAAGGAAACAGGCCUUCAGACCGUGGGAAACGUGGCCGUGGGAGAGGGUUUGGACGUGGCAGAGGGAGAGGAGCGGGGAGGUUUUCAGCCCAAGGCAUGGGGACAUUUAACCCUGCAGAAUAUACGGAGUCUUCUGCCACUGAUGGCUUUGGGACAAAGUCAGAGAUUUGGGAGGCUGGUCAGAAUGAUGCAGAUGAUGGAACUGGAGCAUGGAAAAAUUCAAUAGAAGAGUGGACAGCAGAAGACUGGAAUGAAGAUCUUUCUGAAACAAAAGUCUUCACUGCAUCCUCUGUUCCAGCUGAGAAUCAUGUGACUCCUGGGCAAAGCAUUGAUUUGGUAACGCUGCUUCAGAAGCCUGUGCCUUCUAUCCAAGAGACAGAAGGCAACUCAUUUGAGGUUUCCCAGCAGCAGACCUUCGGCCAAGCCCUAGUCUUCACAAAUUCUCAGCACAGCACACAGAUGGCGUCAGGAACCGGAAGCUCCAGUGCUGUAAACUCUUAUUCUCCUCAAAGUCUGUCUGCAGUUCUGUGUUCUGGCUUUGGAGAAAUCGGAUCCUCUAAAUUGGCAAACUCUACUGGAUCACAAAUCUUGGACCAGUUGAAAUCUCCAGCAUUGGGUCAGUUUACCUCCCAACAAAACAACAGCAGUUCUGCCACCACUACUACAACUACCACAUCUUCCUGGGAUCUAAAACCACCCAUUACUCAGUCCUCAGUUCUUAGUCAGUUUGACUUUAAAUCCCAGCCUGAACCAUCCCCAGUUCUGAGCCAGCUGACCCAACGACAGCAGCAACAAAUGCAGGCAGUUCCUGUUCCUCCUCCUGGGCUGGAGUCCUUCUCCUCCCAGGUAAAACUCCGAGAGACAUCACCAGUAGACACCUCUACAGCUGCCAGCAAAAUGUUACAGCUCCCGGCUGUCUCUGUGGAUAACCAUGCAGUGACUGCCCAUCAAACACAGCAGAAACAGAUAAAACCACCGAAACGGAGGAUAGCUCCAGCGUCCAAGAUUCCUGCAUCUGCAGUGGAGAUGCCUGGAUCAGCAGAUGUGACAGGGUUAAAUGUUCAGUUUGGAGCUCUGGAGUUUGGAUCAGAGCCUGCACUCCCAGAGUUUGGAUCAACUUCAAGCAGUGAGAGUAACAGCCAGGCGACCAACAAUAGCUUGUACUCAAAAUCUGUAAAGUAUGUUGAUCCUUUGAAUACCUCUUUGCCAAUAUCCAGUACAGUACAGGAGUCCACCUAUACAACCUCUGUCAUCACCUCUUCUAGUCUGACCUGCUCAUCCCAGAGCACUAGCCCAGUAACAACAACUUCCUCCUAUGAGCAGACUUCUGUGCAUAGUAGGAUAGCGUACCAAAGCUCCAUGGCUCCGUCUGAAUCAACCCCUGUUGCAGUUACGAAUGGGCACAGUGGUGUUAGAACACAGGCAACUCUUGACACUACUUCGUCAGUUCCAGCGCCUAAGACAGAGCCUUCUCCCUCACUACCUUCUGUUGGUUCUCUGCCUAGCGUGAUAUCCACCACUGCUUCACUUUUGCCUUCAGCAUCGCAGCACGCACCAACGUUGCCCAGCUUGCCUCAGUCCAGUGAUUUGGCCAGCAGCUCACUUUCCCAGUUAAGCAGCUCCCUUUCCAAUCAUCAAAGCAGCCUCUCCCCUGCCUCAGUGUUGUCUUCAAGCACAUCACAUGCACACACUAGUGUUGAGAACACAACUUCGCUCCAGCCCUCGACAACCUUUUCAACUGCUUCAACUUCAGCCACUAGCACCACCUCUUCGGUUGUCAGCAUGGCAAGCAGUAUGAACACUACAAACAGCCUUGGCCUGAGCGUUACCAGUGUGUCUAUACCAGCUGCCACCACGCGGGCAGCUCCCUUAGUGUCUUCAGGCAAAGCUCCCCCAAACCUGCCCCAAGGUGUGCCACCCUUGUUGCAUAACCAGUAUAUUGUGGGACCUGGAGGACUUCUGCCUGCCUACCCACAGAUUUAUGGUUAUGAUGAUCUCCAGAUGCUUCAAUCCAGGCUGCCAAUGGAUUACUACGGAAUUACAUUCCCUGCUCCUGCAACCUUGACAGGCAGAGAUGGGAGCCUUGCUAACAACCCAUACUCAGGUGAUGUAACAAAAUUUGGCCGUGGGGAUUCUGCCUCUCCUGCUCCUGCUACCACGCUCGCCCAGCCACAGCAGAACCAGACACAGACUCACCAUACAACUCAACAGCCCUUCCUCAACCCCACUCUGCCCCCGGGGUACAGCUACACUGGGUUACCUUAUUAUGCUGGUGUGCCUGGCGUACCCAGCGCAUUCCAGUAUGGGCCAACCAUGUUUGUCCAUGUCUGUCCUGUGCUGAGGGCUCCAGAGCUGGAUGCAGUACUCCAGGUACCUCCAGCAUCUGCUAAACAGCAUGGAGUCAACCUGAACACCGCCUCGACUCCUUUCCAGCAGGCGAGUGGUUACGGGCAGCACGGCUAUGGGGCAGGCUAUGAUGACUUAACGCAGGGAACGGCAGCUGGAGAUUACAGCAAAGGAGGCUACAGUGGGUCAUCUCAAGCACAAAACAAAUCUGCUGGCACUGGACCUGGGAAAGGUGUUUCUGUGACCUCAAGUAACACAGGUGUGCCUGAUAUCAGUGGCUCAGUCUAUAACAAGACUCAGUGGGGCUUCUCACACCAGUCUCUGACGCUGUCCCCCUCGCCUCCCGUGCAGACGUUUGACAAGCAGGGAUUCCACGCUGGCACGCCGCCUCCUUUCAGCCUGCCCUCUGCUCUCGGAUCGACUGGGCCCCUGAACCCUGGUGCUGCCCCAGGUUAUGCUCCAGCCCCGUUCCUCCAUAUCCUGCCCGCACAUCAGCAGCCUCAUUCCCAGAUGCUGCACCACCAUCUUCAGCAAGAUGGGCAGGGUGGAUCUGGCCAACGCAACCAACCCAGCACCAUGCAGCAAAAGUCUCAGGCUACCAAAACCGCCUAUGGCACUUCUCCAUACUGGACAAACUAAAUCUGAAUCUGGGGAGGGGGGAGAGAUUGAAAGGAGAGGAGGAGAAGGAGAGAAAAAAAAAAAAAAAUAAAAAGAUAAUAAAAGAGAAAAAGAAUAAAGCUGUAGCCCAUUCCUGGAAUUAUUAGGAGAAGUAACAACUGCUCAGCCAAACGUCUGUGCGGGGAGAACUGCAGCCAGUCAGCCAUCCUCUGUGUGACUCACCCGCUUCCUCUUUGAGUUGCUGUUGUAUGUAAUAUAUUUAUGUAUGUAUUUGUAAAUGUAAUAGAGCCUAAAUGUGGGUUUAUGCAUCUUGCAGCCUGUUUUAUUUUCUUUGUAGGAAAACUAAUUAUUCAUUUCACAUCUGAACCAGGGCAUCCUUCCUUGUUUUUUUGAGCUCUAUGGGCUUUAUACCUUUGUCAAACUGCGCCUUCUUUUGGAGCCAGAGCCCAUGUAUUUAAUGCAGUUCUAAAUUCAGGCAAAUAAGGAGGCCUGGUCCACCCCCUUGAAAAAAGAAUCAAGAUGUCCUCUGUUUUGAUUUCUGCCUCCAGCCCCCAGUAUAGCUGUUACUUUAAAGGGCUGUGGGCCUUCCCCUUUCUUUUGUUUCCCCCUCACUUUUGCUGUGGAAGAUGAGCACUCCUGGGCAGUUUGGUCACUGUGGCCAUGAGCUACAGCCUCACCUUUUCAAUUUUUGAAUAAUCAAUAAUAAAGACAGGGUUUUCUUUUCUGUUCGUGGUGUUUUUUUUUUUUUUUUUCUUUUUUUUUUUUUUUUUUGUUUCUCUACCACGAGACUUCGGAUGGCUCCUUGUGUCCUGGAACCUCCUUUCCAUCAUUAGAAGCAAAAACUGUGUAGCGGUUUCUUAAAUAAAAGUAUAAGCUGUGUCUUGUACCUCUUUCUGCCCUGAGCCGCCCUGCGCAGGAAAGCCAGAGCUGCUGGAUGGAAACUUCACCUGUCCCUCCCCACUUUUUUAAAACAAAGACCCUGGAGCCAACUCCUGGCUGUCCUUGUCCUGCACCAGUGCAGUGAAUGUUCUAGGAGUCUCAUUUCUUUCUAGCCCUUCCUCCACCUAAUAAAAAUCUGAACAUA